AUGAAUGCAUGCUUCCAAGUUUCAAAACCCAUCAAGCACCAAAUGAUGACUAAAACAUUCAUUCUCCUCCUCUUUUGUUCCUUGAUCAGACCUUCAUCUUCCAUUAACUUUCUUUCAAAAGGCUCCUCUCUUUCUGUUGAUGAUGAUUCAGACCUCAUAACCUCCUCAGACAACACUUUUACUUGUGGAUUCUAUGGCUUCCAACUCAAUGCUUACUGGUUUGCAAUCUGGUUCACAAACUCCAACAACCGCACCGUGGUUUGGACGGCCAAUCCCAAUAGACCUGUCAGUGGUCGUGGCUCAAAGGUGACGUUUCAUAGUAACGGAGUCUUGGUUCUAACUGACGUGGAUGGCAUGGUCUUGUGGGAGACGAACAUGACCUCGACAGAUGCAGACAGAGCGGUGCUGCUUAAUACAGGUAAUCUUGUAUUGAAGAACCAAAAAGGUCAGACUCUUUGGCAAAGCUUUGAUUAUCCGACUGAUACUCUUUUGCCUACUCAAACACUAACAAAGAGCAAACGCUUGAUAUCUGCUUCCAGAAAAGGAAGCUUCCAAUCUGGGUAUUUUAAUUUGAACUAUGACAGCAAUAAUGUUUUAACAUUGAGUUAUGAUGGCCCUGAAAUAUCAAGUGUGUACUGGCCUAGUCGUGAUCCUAAUUAUGAGGUUUGGAAAUAUGGAAGAUCCUCUUUUAACAGUAGUAGAAUUGCAGUCCUUGACGAUAUGGGUGUGUUUAUUUCAAGCGAUAGGUUGCAAUUUAAUGCUUCAGAUAUGGGUUUUGGGAUCAAGAGGAGGAUAACCAUCGACUAUGAUGGUAAUCUCAGAAUUUAUAGCUUGAAUGACUCAACUGGAUUAUGGUUGGUUACAUGGCAGGCUAUUGCACAACCAUGUAAUAUUCAUGGAAUCUGUGGGAGAAAUGGAAUUUGUAUACAUGGAGAAAAGACAGGAUGUUCAUAUCCGCCUCGUUACGAGUGGAGUAACCAUACAGACUUAAGUCAGGGUUGUAAGCCUACAUUCAACAAAAAAUGUGUCAACUCAAUAAGCUUUGGAUUUGUGGAGUUGUCGCAUACAGAUUACUACGGCUUUGAUUUAAACUUCACGAGAAACAUUUCACUUGAAGAUUGUAGGGACAUAUGCUUGGGAGAUUGUCGUUGUGAUGCAUAUAAGUAUAAACUUAAUGGUGAAGGUUUUUGCUAUGCUAAAAGUGCCCUUUUCAAUGGCUAUAGUAAUUUAAAUGUCGAAGGGGCCAUCUACCUGAAAGUACCAAAAGCCAUGGAAACACCAAUAUCUACCUCAAUCCUUACUAGUUCCAUGCCCACAUGUACGGAUGCCUCAGUAGUUAUGAUAGGUUCUCCAUCUAUGUAUGAGUCAUCUGACACAAAGGUGAAAUGGAUCUAUCCUUACUCUAUUGCUUUCGCUGUUGGUGUGGUUGAAGUUUUGCUUAUCUUAUUGGGGUUGUGGGUUUUCUAUGGAAAUAACGUGUUCGUAGCCAACUUAGAAGAUGGGUACCGUUUGAUAUCAAGUCAUUUUAGGGGUUUUAGUUAUCAUGAACUGGUGAAAGCAACAAAAAAUUUUAAGGUUGAGAUAGGGCGAGGAGGCUCAGGGGCUGUGUAUAAAGGAAUUCUUGAAGACCAAAGGGUGGUGGCUGUGAAAAGAUUGGAAGAUGUAACAGGAGGAGGAGAGUUUUGGGCAGAAGUGAGCACAAUAGGUCACAUCAAUCACAUGAAUCUAGUGCGAAUGUGGGGAUUUUGCUCAGAGAAACGACACAGACUUGUAGUUUAUGAGUACGUGCAAAAUCUUUCUCUUGAUAAGAGACUGUUUUCCUCAAGUUUUCUUCAAUGGGAACAAAGGUUCAAAGUCGCAAUAGGAAUAGCAAAAGGUUUGGCUUAUCUACACCACGAGUGCCUAGAAUGGGUGAUUCAUUGUGAUGUGAAGCCAGAAAACAUUCUUUUAGAUGCUGCAUUCGAACCAAAGAUUGCUGAUUUUGGUCUUGCAAAGUUGUCUGAGAGAGGUGGACAAAAUGACGAGUUUACUAGGAUCAGGGGGACAAAAGGAUAUAUGGCUCCCGAAUGGGCUCAUAACCUGCCUAUCACAGCAAAAGUCGACGUGUACAGCUAUGGGAUCGUGGUUUUAGAAAUGGCAAAGGGAAUUCGGCUUCCUAAUGUGAUUGUUCAAGGAGCAGAAGAGGAAGAAUCCGCUCUAAUGGGGUUUGUAAGGUUAACAAAAAGAAAGAUUCUAAAAGGAAAAGAGUUAUGGAUUGAUGAGAUCAUCGAUCCGAGGUUGGAAGGGUUAUUUAGCAAGAAGCAGGCUAUAAAACUGGUUGAGAUUGGUAUUGCUUGUGUGGAGGAAGACAGAAACAAAAGGCCUACAAUGGAUUCAGUAGUCCAAGUUCUAAUUGAUUGCGAGUCUGAGUUGUGCUACAAAGAAUAA